CUGUUUCUUUUCUUCGUACUCCAGUACUCCUUAUGAGGUGACCAAUGAUAAGGCAAUUACGUGGUGUAUAAAGUCUUGCAAUACAGAAGCUCCUAGCUCAUAAACUAGUAUCAAUUUCUACAGGGAUUAGCGGAAGGGCCUCCUGCCAUAACAACAGUGCCGAGCUAAAGGCGAAGAUGAUCAGCCUAAUAUUCCUUGUGGUGUUUCUGGGAUGGAUUAUGAUUUGGGAUAUGUUGCCAACCAAGGUUUACCAAAAUACUUGGACUCCAAAGCUGUCGAGCGAGCUAAAUUCGACCCUUUUUGAAGGACAAGGAACAAACCUUCUGCUAUUUUCAUUCCCUGUGAUGUUCAUAGCAGCUUUUGGAAGUGUUUAUCUCCAUUUUCAGAAGAAACUGAGAAAACCCAGCUACAAGAGUGCUGCCGUUUCAAGCAAUCGUUUGUCCUUCUUGAAACGUCCAGUGCUUGUCGUGGCUCCUUUGGGCAUUGUUACUGCAACGGAGAUUGCUUUUGCAGCCAUGUUUGUUGCACUCUUAAUCUGGUCUCUUGCCAACUACUUGUAUGUCAGUUUUGGUCAUCUCCACAUGCAUAAAGAAGGGGAGAAAAUAUGGCAAGCAAAGUUUCGAAGUGUAUCACUGCGACUUGGAUAUAUUGGAAAUAUAUGCUGGGCAUUUCUCUUCUUUCCGGUAACUCGAGGAUCUUCAGUUUUGGCUCUUGUUGGACUAACAUCUGAGUCGAGUAUCAAGUAUCAUAUUUGGCUCGGCCAUCUCUCAAUGAUCCUUUUCGCUGCACAUACCAUAGGUUUCAUCAUAUACUGGGCAAUGACAAACCAAAUGGCUCUGAUGCUAGAGUGGAGCAAAACCUGGGUAUCAAAUGUUGCUGGUGAGAUUGCAGUUGUGCUUGCAUUAGCAAUGUGGGUGACAAGCUCUCACCGCAUUAGGCGUAAAAUGUUUGAGGUUUUCUUCUACACCCAUCAUUUGUACAUUCUCUAUAUAUUCUUCUAUUUUUUGCAUGUUGGCGCUGCCUACUUCCGCAUGAUUUUGCCUGGGAUCUUCCUUUUCCUCAUCGAUCGAUACCUAAGAUUCUUACAGUCGAGGCAACAAGCUAGAUUACUCUCAUCUCGCCUCUUACCAUGUGGUUGCAUUGAACUGAACUUCUCUAAGAGUACAGGAUUGUAUUAUAAUCCAACAAGCAUACUAUUUUUGAAUGUACCAAGCAUUGCCAAGUUACAAUGGCACCCUUUUACUGUGACUUCAAACUGCGACAUGGAGCCAGAAACGCUAAGUGUAGUUAUUAAAAGACAGGGAAGUUGGUCUCAAAAGCUUUACCAAGAAAUUUCUUCUUCUGUAGAUCGCCUAGAAAUGUCGGUUGAAGGACCCUAUGGACCUACUUCAUCCCAUUUUCUAAGGCAUGAGUUGCUGAUGAUGGUGAGUGGGGGUAGCGGUAUCACUCCUUUUAUCUCCAUAAUCCGCCAGAUCAUUGUCCAAAGCACGCAACCAAACUGUCAAAUUCCACGAAUCUUUCUGGUUUGUGCAUUCAAGAAAUCAGCUGAUCUUGCAAUGCUAGACCUCAUGCUUCCCAUCAAUGGCACGCCUGCGCAGAUUACUCAACUGCAGCUGCAAAUUGAAGCUUAUAUCACUAGAGAGACAGAGCAGCCUAUCGCAGAUACCGAAAAGCAUCUCCAAACCAUAUGGUUCAAGCCAAACCCAUCAGACUCACCCAUCACGGCAGCUCUAGGACCCAAGAAUUGGCUAUGGCUUGGAACAAUAAUCGUAUCAUCAUUUGUCAUGUUCCUCCUCCUACUAGGCAUUGUUACUCGUUACUAUAUAUUCCCUAUUGAUCAGAACACAGAGGAAAUAUAUCAUUUUUCGUAUUUUGUACUUUGGGAAAUGUUAUUGGUCUGUGCCUGCGUCGUUAUUGCUUCCAGUGCAGCCUUCUUUUGGUGCAAGAAACAAAAUGAGCAAAUUCAGAACUUGGAAGUGCCAACUGCAACAGCAUCACCGGGCUCAGGGCCUUACGGUGCAGAUACAGAGCUGGAAAGCCUUCCCCAUCAGUCUCUUGUCCAGGCUACCAAGGUGCAUUUUGGAGCAAGACCUGACCUCAACAGGAUUUUAUCCGAGUGCAAAGGAUCAGAUGUUGGAGUCUUAGCCUGUGGACCAAGGGCAAUGAGACAUGAGGUUGCCAAAAUCUGUUCAUCUGGUUUGGCAGAUAACCUGCACUUUGAGUCUAUUAGCUUUGACUGGUGAGCUUAUAGUUACUAAGGAAACUCUGCUUGUGGAAUGUGCCUUGCAAAUAUUGGUAGCGCUAGCUAUUAUGUAUUAAAAAGACUUCCUUAAUUUGUAUGUGUUCUGUAACUCUUCCUUUUAAAAUCAAACUUCUUGAUAAA